AAUAAUGUAAAUAAUAAUUUGAGUUUGUUAGAAACAUAAAAUUGAUUAAUAAAUCCUACUUUGGACAUUCUGUCCUUCACUAUUUCAUCACUCACAAGAAAAAACUGUGGUCCUCACCACUUUUUUUGCUUUCCUACCUUUUUCUUCCAGUCUCAUACUCUUGAUGUAACUUCUUUAAGUUCCUAUAUUUUUGCUCCAACCAUUUCCACAGCAAGCAUCAACAGAACACCACCACCAUUGGUACAGCUACUGAGCUGCCGGAGUUGGCAAUGGAUGCAAAGAGCUUUGAAGGCAAGCAUAAUUUCAAAGAUAAGACAGUGGUCGAUGACGAUUUCGAAUACGAGACGGAAGAGGAGGAGGUUGGUGGUGGAGGAGGAGGAGGUAGCAACAGCAAUGCUUGCAAUGCAUUGGGUUAUUUUGACAAUGAGAAAAAGAAAAGAGGGGCAGCAGUUUCUGGCCGUGGAAAGUCUGGUGGAAGCGUCUCUUUGCCGAGUUGCCAAGCGCAUAACUGUGCAGCAGAUUUGAGUGAAGCAAAGAGGUAUCACCGCCGCCAUAAGGUCUGCGAGUUUCACUCGAAGGCGGCCAUCGUCAUGGUUGCUGGAAUUCGCCAACGGUUCUGUCAGCAAUGCAGCAGGUUCCAUGAGUUAACAGAAUUUGACGAAGCAAAAAGGAGCUGUCGUCGUAGGCUAGCAGGGCACAACGAACGGCGACGUAAGAGCUCAGCAGAGAGCCAAGGGGAAAGCACAAGCCGCAAAGGAUCAGCUCCACAGGCGCAGUCAAAGGAAAGCCAUUGCAGGCAGUUGGUGGAAGAUCAAAGAAGCAGAAUUCAGAUGGCUCCUCCAGGAAGUUCUGGUUAUAAGCACUUGCAUAUCAGAUAAAAGGAGACUAUCUAUGUAUCUUUGCUCUCUCUCUUCUGUCACUGGGAAAUGAAAGACAUUCAUAGAAUCCCAUGUUUUUCUUGAAUUUGGCUUAACCAACAUCUCAGUUGGGUGCUUUGUUUUUCCCUGUCUUAAUUUUCAAAUAUUGUAGACUGGUUUGUUUCUUGUUU